AUGCUAUUUGACUUCCAUUUCGGAGAUGAGUGGACUUCCAAUUCGGCAGUACGCUCCUGUGCUGUUCUUCAGCCUUUCCCCGAGCAAUCCCCAAGCUCGAAUGUCAAAAAGGAAAAAUGGGCCAAUAUCGACGUCACUGAUUCGGAUGCUGUAAUGCAGUCGUUGGUGGUAUCGAAUUCUUGUGCAGCAUCUCAGCAGAUUUCAGAUGUGACCGUUCAAGUAGGCCCUGCCGGUGCUAUCAAGGCUACCAAUGACGCCAAUGCUGCGGUCAAGAACAUAGCAUCCUUCAUGACCAAUGCUGCCUCGUGUGGCUCCACUGUUGUUCUGUCAAAGGUUGGAGAAGCCGUCGCUGCGCUUUAUGCCGGAGCGGAUGUCUAUCCUAGCAGCGUUGGUCCAUACCUUGACAGCUUUACCAAAAGCCUUGAGGGCGGGUCUCAGACAAUCCAAUCAUGCGAUUCGAACUCAAAGCAAGACACGACUAUUGGAAUCUAUAUCGUGAAUUCAUUGGAUGAGCUUGGGGAUAUCCAACGCGCCUUCAAGACGUGGUCUAAAGGCAAUUGCCUUGGAGCAAACGGUCAAAAUUCGAUGAAAACAAAAAUCACCACGUUGGUAUCCUCUGGAGCCAGCAAGCGGUCAGGCGUCUUUUCAUCUGUCGAGGAUCUCAUCGCCCCCCGGGAUAUCUGUAGGACUAUACAAGUCAAUCUGGGAGAUGGCUGUGGCUCAUUGGCAAGCCGCUGUGGUAUAUCGGGAGCCGACUUCACCAAGUACAACCCCGGUGCUAAAUUUUGCUCGAAUUUGAGGGCUCACCAGCAUGUUUGCUGCUCAGCGGGCACUCUUCCCGAUUACACCCCUAAGCCUCAAGCAGAUGGCACCUGUUUCACUUACACCAUCCAACCCAAUGACAAUUGUGCUGACAUUGCAGCUGGUUUUGCUCUUACCCAAGAUGAUAUCUAUACCUUCAACAAGAACACUUGGGCAUGGGCUGGCUGUGGCACGAAUGAUCUAAAGCAAGACCAAAUCAUAUGUUUGAGCAAAGGUAACACGCCUAUGCCAGCUCCGCUCAGUAAUGCGGUGUGUGGUCCUCAAAAGCCUGGUACCAAGCCUCCAUCUGGGCAAUAUAAUGGCUGGAACCUCACUGAGCUUAACCCCUGCCCUUUGAAUGCAUGCUGCUCAGGGUGGGGCUUCUGCGGUACUACAGAUGACUUCUGUACCAAAUCACCCGCCAAAACAAAUGCUCCAGGAGCCUUUUCGGCUGGGAAAAACGGAUGUAUCUCCAACUGCGGCACAGAGAUCGUCAACAAUGAGCAUGCUCCAGACAAGUUCCUUCAUGUUGCUUAUUAUGAAGUCUUCAACAUCAAACGCGAGUGUCUAAAUAUGGAUGUGAAUGAGAUCAACGGUACAUCCUUGACUCAUGUGCACUUCGCUUUUGCUGGACUGACUGCCGACUUUGACAUUGCCUUUGACAAUGAUGAUUACAAAGCGCAGUUUGAAAAGUUUGUCAAGAAAAGCACACCUUUCAAAAAGGUCCUUUCGUUUGGAGGAUGGGCUGAGUCGACUGGAGCCGCGACCUUUCAGAGAUACCGUGAUGUCGUCAAGCCGGGAAAUCGGGACAAGUUUGCGACAAACAUGGUCGCAUUCUUCAAAAAGUAUGAGGGUUUAGACGGUAUCGACUUUGAUUGGGAGUAUCCUGGGGCUACCGAUAUCCCUGGUGUCCCUCCAGGCACUGGUGAUGAGACGAACAAUUACCUUGCUUUCUUGAAGCUGAUGAAGAGCAAGAUUGGUGAUAAGUCCCUUUCAAUCGCUCUGCCUGCUUCCUACUGGUAUCUGAAAGCAUUCCCGAUUGACAAAAUGGCCGAGUAUCUGUCAUACUUCAUCUAUAUGACUUACGACCUUCAUGGACAGUGGGACUAUGGUAAUGCCCACUCAGAUAUCGGCUGUCCCGGCGGAGAUUGCCUUCGGUCGCAUGUUAACAAGACCGAGACUGAGAACUCUCUUGUGAUGAUUACGAAGGCCGGUGUACCCGCAAACAAAGUCCUUGUCGGGAUUUCAAGCUACGGCCGCAGCUUUGGUAUGAUCGACUCAAGUUGCACUGGCCCCAUGUGCAAAUACGGCGGUUCCUUUGAUGUUUCUACAGCCGAGGCCGGACAGUGUACCAACACCUCUGGAUACAUCUCAAAUGCUGAAUUAAAUGAUAUCAUGGCGAAUGUGAACGCAGGCCAAGAAGGCUACAAGGGCCGCGUGUGGUAUGAUAAGGAAUCCGCUUCGGAUAUGAUGGUUUACGGUACCAAUGGCAACAUCACUAGUUGGGUGGCGUACAUGGCCGAUGACACCAAGAAUGAACGCAUUGACUGGGUCAAAGGGCUCAACUUUGGCGGAGUCACUGACUGGGCUGUUGACCUCCAACAGUGGAACCUGGGCGUGGACCCCAACUCUGAAGAGGCCAAGGACCUUCAACUAGCCGAUCUUCCUCAGGGGUGUCCUUCCGACAAUUGGCCGGACAGUCUCGAUAAGCUCCAGGCUAGCAUCGAUUCAAUCGAUAUAGAAUGUCGGUCUCAGGCUGUUGUUUGGGUUUUGCUUAAAACACUCCCCACAGUUCUGCAAAACUACAAAGAUGCAUCUGAAAGCUAUGAUGAAUAUUUCAGUUAUUAUUCCGAGUGGGUCAGGGACAACAUCGACGAUUCCCUUGAGAAGUUUAUGUGGGGCAAUGGAAGGAAAUACAUGGACUGUAAAUGGACAGCGAGCGGAGCAGAUGGUGGCAGUGGCAAUGAUGCUUGUACAAAGAUGACCGUCAAACAGGGACAACCCGGUCAAGGCGUUGUCACUAUCACAUAUACGGUACGCGAUGAAGAUGGGUUUUACAACGCGCUUCAGAACGAUUAUGGUAUCCUCAAAGACUGGAUUGUGUGGGAGAAGACAUCGGGAGAUCCGGAAAACGCUCCUUGUCCCUGUCCAGUACCAGGCCACUGUAAUCAAUGCAACAAGCCCCACGGCGAAGUGUACCACAACUGGCCAAAGAAGGCUGCCGAUGAUGCUAUCAAGGUUCCUAACCUCAAGUCAGUGAUCGACACUGCAGUCCCCAACAUCACCGCACUUCAAACUGUCAUGAUCGGAAGUUUCAUGGAGAUGCGUAUGGGGUCCAUGGAUGCCUCCGACGCAGACAUCGCCACCGCGUACAGCAUGCCCGUUUUCAUGAUUGCAGACACGACCAAGCAAAUGAAGGAAAUGACGGAAAUCGGCAAGGAGCAGAAAAAGGCCGAUACGAAAGCGAAAGUCAGCUUCAUCUUGGACAUUGUCAGCAUUAUUCUUAUGAUCAUUCCGUUCGCUGGAGAAGCAGUCGAGGCAAUUGGUGGGGUGGCAAACGUUGCCCGCGCUGCUUUGGUCAUGGGCGAGGCUGGUAACGCGGCUCUUUCUGUCUACGAUAUUGUCAAGGACCCAUCCUCAGCUCCUUUCGCCAUACUUGGUCUACUUAUGGGCGCUGAUGCCUCGAUCGUUGGCAAGUCUGCCAGGACUACCUUCACCAAAGCCGCUGCUUUUCGGCAUGCGAUGUCUGACGGCUCCCUGAAAUCUUUCAGCAAAGAGUUCCAGGCCAAUGACAAGAUUGUGCAAGACAUUGUUAAGGCUUGCAAAGCCUAA